AUGUCGAUGCCUUCUCAUAGUCAAGACCAGGGCCGUGCGCUUUUACCUCCUGCGCCUGUGAGUCCACUCUCUACAAACUCGACGGAGAACAGAAGCAGCUAUGGACACGCGACGCCCAGCAUUGGGCAUCAUCACGACCAGUAUCUGGGUGCAGCCGGACCUGCAAAUUUUGGGCCAGCCGUGAACUCCUUCGCGCCGCACAAUGGAAGCGGCUACGAUGCAGCUUACAGCACCAUACCUCGCACAGAUGAGCAUCAUGUCAAUGGCUACAACGAGAACCGGAACAGCAGUGGUCUCUCCCAAUCAUUAUCUGAUGCUUCGACGCCCAGCGAACAGGAGAAUAAGCCAUGGACAGGAAAACCUUGGAAUCCCUUCUGCCUUCGCAAAAUAGUGUUACUUCUACUAUCGGUCACGUUCCUCUUGUGCUUGCUCGCAACAGCACUCAUGUACCAUUUCUCACAACAGUACAAUGGUCUUAGCGCAGAGGACGAGGCGAAACAUUAUGGUUGGACUUAUGGCCCAAGUGCUGUUCUUACAGUCAUACUCUACCUGUGGUACAGUAUCGACCUAUCAGUCCGAUCCUUACAACCAUGGCAUGAGCUACAGAGAGGACCUAAAUCGGCAGAGACCACUCUUCUUCUAGACUAUAUUUCCCCGCUGUUGACGACCAGUCUUUGGCGUUCUUUAAAGAAUCGUCAUUGGCCAGUAUUCUUGACUAUAGUCGGCCGUCUCCUGAUCCUGCUUACAAUUGCAUUUUCGACUGCUUUGUUGGUUCUCAGCCCAACUGAAGUCAAAAUUCAAAAUAUCCCUUUUACAGUUUCCGGUUUCGAUACAGAAUCGUUCAAGUUGGAUAACGUCGGCCCCGUUGCGGCGGAUAUGUAUUAUGGAGUCAAUUUUGGCAAUUUGGCAGCCCCUAUUGGGACGACUGCAGACACUUGCGUUCCUCCGCUCUCACGCCAAAUCAAUAAGGAGAACAACAACAUACCGUCUAAUGCUGAGUUGCGAGCUACGGUCACCGGAUUAAGCUUUGACGUGGACUGCGAGGUCCUCGACAUCCAGGAUUCUGCGCUCGUUUCACCCAGUCGGGGACCACAGAACGAUGCCUCGUCGCCGGGCGAUUAUAUGGUCGUCAACGUUACUACUCCAUCUUGUAACAUCAAAGGAGCUAUCGUGGGCAUAGGCCCAAACAGCCGUACCGUCACAGGAUUUAAUCCGAACCAACCUAUCCAUGACCAUCAAGCCAGAGUGGACGACUAUGUCUGCAACCUGGAAUGGAACUACCAUGAUAUCUACGAUGCCAGCUUGGGGGCCGGACCACUUGUCAACGUUUCCAGUACGGCGUGGACAAAUACAUCAUCAGACCACCGAAUUCUAUUGACUGUGUCAGAUUUGAGUUUGAUACUGCUGGAAGGCAACAUAAAUCUAGAGAGCAUAACCGCCCUUUUAUGCAAACCCUCUUACUUGAUGAACGACAAUGCAGUCGUAUACAACGAAGCUACCCAAACGGCAAAGAUCGAGAGCUCCGAGAUGAUCGAGGCGGCGAACCCAGAUCUCCCAGGGUUCCCACGAACCAUACUUGGAUCGGCCGUGCUGAGCACCGUCGAUCAAGUAAACACUCUGGAUCUUAACGACGAACGAUCAAAUUACUCUGUCACCAUACCCCCUUUCCUUGGCUUGAUGAAAAUGCAUUCCAACGUCUCGUCGAUGUCACAAUUUGAGAAUACCGAGUUACUGCAAGAAAGCUUUUUGAACGUUUUUAAUGGUGUGGCAGCUCAGCUUGCUCACCAGAUGCUCUUAAAUGCUUCGGACGAAAAGAACAGUAUCGUCGGAACAGCAACAUUCACACAGGACAGACUUCAUGUAACAGAGUUAUCGACAGCAAUCAUGUGCGCUGCCUUGGGAAUACUCAGUAUUAUGAGUGCCGGUUUAAUCUUUCUUGUCCCAAAAGACGUCGUCACAUCGGAACCCGGUUCUGUCCUUGCGAUCGCGUCUUUCGUGAAUUUGAGUUCAGGCACGGUUGGAAUUCUUCAAGGUCUUGGGCAUGUCCGUGAUAAGACUAUUAGAAGAGCACUUGCACCGUACAUCUUCACCAGCGCAUGGCCUCAAGAACGGGGCAAGCUUAUUAUCGAGACAUCAACCCGACCGCAAACGCAGUCCACCAAGCCGCCUGGAGCCUUGAAGUUCAGACUCGAGUGGUGGAGACCACUAGGAAGCCAAAAUUGGUUUCUCUUCCUGUCUUUCGCUAUUCCGUUAAUAUUGCUCGGCCUUCUCGAACUAUUCCAGAGACGAUCAGAUAAAUACAACGGCUUUGUGACAAUUCGAUCACAAUGGGGUCAAAUGGUUGCAAACUACGUACCGGCCAUUAUCUCUAUUAUUAUUGGAGCUAUAUUUUCAAGUAUAGUCGCUGCGUCUGCCGUAUUUGCGCCAUAUGCCAGUUUGUCCAAAGGACCAACACCACCGUCUCGCUCGGUUGGUCUCACUUAUAUCAGUCGGGUUGGCCCCAGACUUGGGUACACCUCGCUGAAGCACAAACACUUUGGAUUAUCGAUUAUUACUUUGGCGCAACUUAUCGCCUCCAUUCUCACCAUCAUCUUAUCAGGUCUCUACAGCACCGUAGAAGUGCCCUUCCAGGAAGAUGUGCUAUUCCAACAGUUGGACAAGUUCAAUAUCAGCGAUACCCUCUCAGUCGCCAAUCCCAAUGCUGGUCUGAUUACAAAAUUAAUCACAUACUAUGACUUGAAAUUUCCAACCUGGACGUACGAUUCGAUUGCCUUGCCUCAAGUCUCAGUGGCCGACACGACCUCUAUCGACGGGCUCUCUAAUGCCACCAUCAGAAGCCGACUGCCUGGAAUCCGGGGCGAUCUAAACUGCACGUCUAUGCCCUCGCGGCUUUUCGAUUACAAGAUCUCUGAUCAAAGUUCAUACGAGGAUCGCGGCAGAGAGGACUUUCCUUUGUGGUCGGACUACGUGCCCAAAAACGGUAUGGAUUUACUCCUCACCAUUUCAAGACCUUUACCUGCAAAACUUUUAUGCGACGAUGCUGGAGAAAAUGACAAUAGAACAUGGACUUGGCAGCAGCACUUUUAUGUGAGGAACGACUCGACGCCAAGCCCCUUUGGAAAGGCCAGCCGAAUAUAUUAUCAUUCAGACAGUAGCCAAAUCGAUGAUUUGAUGCGUCGCUCGAUCGAUGAAGAUACAGAAUUACCUCGCCUCCACGGAUGUCCCACAAUUGGCAUCACCUUGGGUCACAUUACCGCUGAAUCUCCUCAUAAUGUUACGGAUUCAUACAAUACGACUACGAUUGAGUGGAAUGCGACAAAUGCAGACAUCGGGACGUUGCUCUGUUGGCCAAAGUUCAAGGAAUUCGACGUGGACAUCACUUUUGAUGGCCCCAGCCUGGAAAUUUCCGAUCAAUCGCCGCCAGUCAUAGAUGAGUCUACCAUAAAAGUUGUCGAGAAUCCGACUACGGGCCUUUCGACAUGGGAAUUGGACUAUCAGGGCCACGACUACAACUUCUGGGACAGUUUGAAGAACACGAAUGACUUGGAAACACUGUACGGCCUUCUGCAAGACGACAGGACUACAUUUGACCCCUUUAUCUUGGCUCUUAUCACGGGCAAGUACAAAGUCCCGCUGGAACAGAUCUCUGGCGAGAACAACACUGAAGCGCUGCUGCGUGAAGCUGGUGGGUUAUGGGGGCGUUAUAUGGCGCAGUCAAUCUCGCAAAAUAUGCGACUCAACAUGACUGCCUCUGCUUCUGCGCCAUCCUCACGACUCGCUAUGACCAGAGAGAACCACCCACUGUCUAUAUUGCGACGGGCAGACUCGUCGGCAGUCACGUACCCAGCCACUCUAGCAGCACCGAGCGCAGGUUCGCUGAGGCGGUUGAAGCAGAAUGCAUCGUCCAAGGUGAUACUACAGGUUAUGCUUGGCGUCAUGUCACUAUGCGUGGUUUCUAUGCGUGCGUUGAGUAGUUUCUCGAAGGUGCUUCCGCACAAUCCAUGUUCGAUCGCAGGCACGGCCUCUUUUGUUGUAGAUGGAAACCUGCAGAACAUGACUGCAAGCGGAUCGGAGAAACAUUUGGGAAGCAAGAAGGGACAAGCAGUGUAUACGAGACUGUACCCAUCUAACGCAAUGGACGAUGAAACCUCAGAGACUGGGCAGAAGUAUUCCAUGGGCUGGUGGGAUGACGGCGAAAAUGAGAGGUUCGGCGUUAGACGCGUGUAG